AACGCGCAGCCUCUUUCUGUAUUUACAUUGUGGCUGCCUGCGCGCCUCGACGUUGCUCUGCGAUUGGAGCCCCGGUUAACAGGUCUGCGACCGAGGAUCGCCGAAGUCCUUUGACACGGUCGCCUCGGCAUUUUCUCUGGGGGAUCCUGAAUCACUUUUAUGAGAGAACAUUAAGAUAAACCCAUCUCUGCUAGGAUUUAUUCACGGGUCUUUUUCGUGAUGCAACAGCGCGCCGUGUGAGCGCUCAACCUGUUCCACAAGAACAGUCUCUUAGAGGCUGGUCGCCUGUCAGCAGGUGGUGUGGCAUGUGGACAGGGGUGGUCACCUGCCUCUCCCCGUGAGUGUCAAUACACAGUUAGUUAAGGUGCUCGCUCCGGACGUUUGAGGUGAGGGAAGUGGCAGUCAGUGAGUCACAAUGCUCGGCCAGUCUCCUCACCUUAUCGGAGGCAUCCUGUGGAUCCAGAAUCCAAUGAGAGCUGUUCACUGCAACCUGAGCCAGAAUGGCAUCGACCACCAGAUGUGCCAGGAGAAUAUGACGUCGCAGCUGGAGGAAGAGGAAGAGUCUGUGGACGUGGGGUCUGUCCUGCUGGAUGACGACAGCCCAAGCUAUCAGGAUGUCAGCCCUCCUAGGUACCAGCGGCGCUCCCCGCCACACCGAUCUGUCUCAGAGUCUGAGCUGACCCGGACAGGAUAUGUGAAGCUGUCCAAGCCAGUGGCCCUGUGGACCCAACAGGACGUGUGCAAAUGGCUGAAGAAACACUGUCCCAAUCAGCACCAGAUCUACAGCGAUUCGUUCAAACAGCACGACAUCACAGGGCGGGCUCUGAUGAGAUUGACGGACAGAAAGCUGGAACGAAUGGGCAUCAUGCAGGAAGCGCAGAGGCAGCACAUCCUGCAACAGGUCCUGCAGCUUCGUGUCCGGGAGGAAGUCCGGACUCUUCAACUUCUCACACAAGGUAACUUUUAG